CAGGUGGCAGCAGCGAGCGGCCGCGCCCCCCGCGCUGCCAACCCGCGAGCCCGCAUCAUGGAUGUCGAGCUCUCCUAUUUCGCAUUGCUCGCCCUGGAAUUCGAGACCCCAGAAGAGGACCAAGAUUCAUGAAUCGGUCGCAGGGGCCGGGGCAGGGGCCUCUGGCUCCCGACACUGGCCGAGAGGUGAUGAGUGAGGUCCGAAGAACGGAAGAUUUAAAAAGCAGCCGGGGCCUCCGUAUUGAAUGAAAGACCCAGUGCAGAGACAUCACCAUGAACACUAGCAUUCCUUAUCAGCAGAAUCCUUACAAUCCCCGGGGCAGCUCCAAUGUCAUCCAGUGCUACCGCUGUGGAGACACCUGCAAAGGGGAAGUGGUCCGCGUGCACAACAACCACUUCCACAUCAGAUGCUUCACCUGUCAAGUAUGUGGCUGUGGCCUGGCCCAGUCAGGCUUCUUCUUCAAGAAUCAGGAGUACAUCUGCACCCAGGACUAUCAGCAACUCUAUGGCACCCGCUGUGACAGCUGCCGGGACUUCAUCACAGGCGAAGUCAUCUCAGCCCUGGGCCGCACCUACCACCCCAAGUGCUUCGUGUGCAGCUUGUGCAGGAAACCUUUCCCUAUUGGAGACAAGGUGACCUUCAGUGGUAAAGAAUGUGUGUGCCAAACGUGCUCCCAGUCCAUGGCCAGCAGUAAGCCCAUCAAGAUUCGUGGACCAAGCCACUGUGCCGGGUGCAAGGAGGAGAUCAAGCACGGCCAGUCACUCCUGGCGCUGGACAAGCAGUGGCACGUCAGCUGCUUCAAGUGCCAGACCUGCAGCGUCAUCCUCACCGGGGAGUACAUCAGCAAGGAUGGUGUUCCAUACUGCGAAGCCGACUACCACUCCCAGUUUGGCAUUAAAUGUGAGACUUGUGACCGAUACAUCAGUGGCAGAGUCUUGGAGGCAGGAGGGAAGCACUACCACCCAACCUGUGCCAGGUGUGUACGCUGCCACCAGAUGUUCACCGAAGGAGAGGAGAUGUACCUCACAGGUUCCGAGGUUUGGCACCCCAUCUGCAAACAGGCAGCCCGGGCAGAGAAGAAGUUAAAGCAUAGACGGACAUCUGAAACCUCCAUCUCACCACCUGGAUCCAGCAUUGGGUCACCCAACCGAGUCAUCUGCGCUAAAGUGGAUAAUGAGAUCCUUAAUUACAAAGACCUGGCGGCUCUCCCCAAGGUUAAGUCCAUCUACGAGGUACAACGCCCUGACCUCAUUUCCUAUGAGCCUCAUUCCAGAUACACGUCCGACGAGAUGCUGGAGAGAUGUGGCUAUGGAGAGUCGCUGGGAACAUUAUCUCCCUACUCCCAGGACAUCUAUGAGAACCUGGAUCUCCGGCAGAGACGGGCCUCCAGCCCGGGGUACAUAGACUCCCCCACCUACAACCGGCAGGGCAUGUCCCCCACCUUCUCCCGCUCACCUCACCACUACUACCGCUCUGGGCCCGAGAGUGGCCGGAGCUCUCCAUACCAUAGCCAAUUAGAUGUGAGGUCCUCCACUCCAACCUCUUACCAGGCUCCCAAGCACUUUCACAUCCCAGCUGGAGACAGUAACAUCUACCGGAAACCCCCGAUCUACAAACGGCAUGGUGAUUUGUCUACAGCAACCAAGAGCAAAACAAGUGAAGACAUCAGCCAGGCCUCCAAGUACAGUCCCGCCUACUCGCCAGACCCCUAUUAUGCUUCGGAGUCUGAGUACUGGACCUACCAUGGGUCCCCCAAAGUGCCCCGAGCCAGAAGGUUCUCAUCUGGAGAGGAGGAUGAUUUUGACCGCAGCAUGCACAAGCUCCAGAGUGGAAUUGGCCGGCUGAUUCUGAAGGAAGAGAUGAAGGCCCGGUCGAGCUCCUAUGCAGACCCCUGGACCCCUCCCCGGAGCUCCACCAGCAGCCGAGAGGCCCUGCACACAUCUGGCUAUGAGAUGUCCCUCAAUGGCUCUCCUCGGUCGCACUACCUGGCUGACAGUGAUCCUCUCAUCUCCAAAUCUGCCUCCCUGCCUGCCUACAGAAGAAAUGGGCUGCACAGGACGCCCAGCGCAGACCUCUUCCACUACGACAGCAUGAACGCGGUCAACUGGGGCAUGCGAGAGUACAAGAUCUACCCUUAUGAACUGCUGCUGGUGACUACAAGAGGAAGAAACCGACUGCCCAAGGAUGUAGACCGGACCCGUUUAGAGCGCCAUCUGUCCCAGGAAGAGUUCUACCAAGUCUUUGGCAUGACCAUCUCCGAGUUUGACCGGCUGGCCCUGUGGAAGAGGAAUGAACUGAAGAAGCAAGCCCGGCUGUUCUAGGCAGAGGCUCUAUAAAUAUAUAUGCAUUUAUAUAAAGAUAUAUGUAAAAUCUCUCUACUGAAGCUCGGUAUAAUCCUCUCUUGUGUAAUGGGACACACUGCCUGCCAUGAGACUUGCUUUUCUGUGCUGUCAGGCAAGCCCACAUCAUCGAGAUAUUUUUAUGCUCUUUACUUUCUCUUUUCUAAGUGCUGUGGGAUCUGGGAAGGGAUUUGAGGGGACUCUGUCCUUUUAUUGGGGAUCCUUUUUAUACUGAAACAUCUGUCCUAACGUGAGUGCCCCAAGGUCCAACUCUCUUUCCUAAAGAAGGUGCCUGAAGAAGUCUCUCUUGUCUUUGCUUUGUGGCCCCUUUCUUGAACUUCUAGGGCUCAUGCUGACCACGUGGUUUCCACACCUUAUUGGCCCCAGAGGGGCCCUCCCACGGGAAGAUCUGCAGCAAUCUCCCCAACUCAAUGAGCGCCUUUAAGCACCCACGAAGAACUUUCUCAACACCCCAGUUAGGAGCUCAGUGCUCUCUGGGGGCAAUGCAGUUAAAAGUGUGAGCCUCAAAUCUGGUCAUUAUACCGGUCAACAGAAGUGGACAGGGCCUAGGCUUCUCCUCAGCUCCUCAACCCUCCUCCUUCUGCCCUGGAUUGUAGCCUCUCCCUUGUCCAAAUCUAGGAUUCAUAGUAGGAAAAGAAAAAGGCCCUUCCCUUCCCUCUACCACUUCCAGCUGGCCCCUUUGCCUGACCUGGACUUGGAGAACCAGAGGAAAGAAGAGGGAGUGGAAGUGGGAGAUAGAGCAGGGACCCUAUUAGAAUCAGAGCUGCAGGCUUUCUUGGGAUCCUCCUCUCUCCCUCACUGCUCCCAGCACCUCCUGACCCUUCCCACUUUCAAGGAGAGGCCCAUGAUGGCAGCCUGUAUUCUUUAGCCUUAUUACAAUCUAUGUGCCUGACAACUCAACACCGCAGGGCUAACGUUCCCACCAGAGCUCCAACCGAUCAACCAGACAACUCUCACUACCCUUCAGAGAGAAAAUAGGCCAUGUCCCAAAGAAAGGUUCUUGAUCUAUGCCUCUGGUCUGUGGGCUAGCAGGACAACCAUACCAUACCUCCACCAGUCCUCAGCUUGUGCUGAAAAGUUAGCCAUGUUUCACGGGGAAACUUUUGGAAGAGUGGCUGCUUACGAGAUUUCAAAAUGAAGUGUUGGCCAACAGCACUCAUGGCCAUCCUGGAUUUCCCCGGUGGCUUCCUUUUCUGCCUGCUCACCUCCCUGAACAGGGGAGAAGGCUUAACCUCUCUUCUCCUCUCCAAACCUUUCACCUUUGAGUGGGCAAUGUUUGGUGGGAGCUGUUCCUUCUUGGAGAUGCCUUGAGUUGGACCAUCUUGAGGUCAUGGAGGAAGGAUGAAGAAUUGAAAAUGACAAUAAUGACUCUCAAGAGGCUGGUGAUGUGACAUGGCAAAUGUAGAACUGACUUAAACUGAACAAACCCUCACUGAGCACCUCUGAUGUUGAGCACCUGCUGAAUACUGAGCACUGAAUGGGGGAGGGGGAGGGGAGCACCGGGGUAAGUCUACCUGGGACUGGGUCUCAGGGGCAUGCCUACUACCAGUGGGUAUCGUAAGGCUGUACCCAAACAUAACGGACGUAAGGCAGAAAGUGAGCAGAGAAGGAAUGAGAAAGUGUACGUAAUGUUACAGAAAAGUCAUAUGCAGUUACAGCAGACCAAGAAAGCCUUCUGGAAGAGAUUGCAUCUGAGGAAAAUUCAGCGGAAGGAUCUUUGUAGAUUGGGAGGAGAUUCUAAGUGGAAGGGGUGAUAGGGUGAGGGCCAGAGGGAAGUUGGCUGUGCUCUCAUUUAGGAUGUCAGCCCUCCCUGCAACUUCUCUUUUUGGCCAAUGUCUUUUCACUCUCCUGACCCUUUAGAAACGUCCCCAGCAAGAUGCAAACACUGAAGCUGCCUCAUUGUCAGUGGUUAAGAACUUGGCGAGACUGAAGGGAUUUUGUUAUUGUUGUUGGAUAUUUUUGUUUCCCAUAAAAGCACAUCAUUUCAACCCCAAA